GACACUUUCUACGACAGUGUUCACUUUUACAAGUUCUGUUUAAUAAAACUUAUUAUAUUAACUGUAAUGUGUUUAAUAUUAAGUAUUUCCUGAAGUAUAGUUCGAGAUUGGACAUAGCAAAAAUGUCUGGUAGGAAAACUAGAAAAUCCUCAGUGAAUAAGCAGAACAUAAAAAAUGUAUCCAGCCUCGCUUCUAGUAGUUCAAACAAUAUAAGCAAUUCUGCCAGUAGAUCUAAAUCAGUUGACGAGUUGUUGUCGCUGACUAAAGAACAACUGAAGAACGAAUGUCGACAAAGAGGGCUAAAAAUGUCCGGCACCAAAACUGAACUGGUUCAAAGGUUGGAUAACAAAAUGACAAGUGGUGCAAGAAAGGACGGAGCCCCCACAAUUAACGGUAGUAAUUUACAAAACAACAUAAGAACAAAGAAUCAUGCGGAACAACAGAAAAGAGAGAAAGAAAGACAAGACAGGGAGAGCUUGGUGUUAUGGAAGAGACCCAUAGUCACGGUUGAAUAUUUUAUUAGAGAAGUUAUUAUAUUAUUAUCGACAUAUGGUAAAAAGAUAUUAACAAAUCAGAAACUUGUAUCACUAGGUCUUAUAUCAGUAUUAUCAGUAUACAUAUUAAUGAAUUCCAAAGGACCACAUCAAAAUUUAGUACAAGGCAUGUAUAAGAAAUUAUUAUGGUGUUUAUACUGGAUAGGUUUAGGUAAAAUUGUAUGCCCAAACGAAAGAGACCCUCUUUCCAUAACGAUAUUAUCUAUAAUGUCCAAAGUUAGACUGGAAGCCAUGUGCUGGGGAGCCGGAACGGCUUUAGGGGAACUUCCCCCCUAUUUCAUGGCACGUGCGGCAAGAUUGUCAGGAAUAGAUCCUGACGACGACGAUGAUUUAAAGGAACUCGAGGAACUUGAACGGAAAAAGAACAAUCAUGGAGAGUUAACGCUCAUCGAAAGAGGGAAAAUACUGGUGGAGGAAGUCGUUCAAAAAGUUGGAUUUUUCGGCAUUCUAGCUUGCGCCAGUAUACCAAAUCCUCUCUUUGACUUGGCCGGAAUUACCUGCGGACACUUCCUGGUUCCUUUUUGGACCUUUUUCGGGGCAACGCUCAUAGGCAAGGCCAUAAUCAAGAUGCACAUACAGAAGCUGUUUGUUAUAAUAGCAUUCAACGAAUCUCUGAUAGAAACGGCUAUAGAGUGGCUAAAAGUGGUCCCGAUAAUAGGAGAGAGACUGCAAGUUCCGUUUAAGGCGUUCUUAGACGGGCAGAAGCUGAAGCUACACAAAAAGAGUGUUGGCAAAGUACAAGAAGCGGGGGGAAAUAUACUGGGUUCUAUUUUCGAGAAGUUCGUUAUCGGUAUGAUCCUGUAUUUCAUCAUUUCCAUCAUAAACUCUUUUGCUCAGUCUUACCACAAACGGUUACAUAAGAAACCCGCGAAAAUAAAUAAAGACUAGGAACCAGCACGACUAGUGAUUUUGAUUUUUAUGAAUGAAUGUAUUUUGUAGGUUUUUUUGUGAUUAUAUUUGUACAUAUAGAUUUUUGCCAACCAUUCCUGUUUAGAAUAAAAUUUGUGUAUGGAG